AUGACGCAGACUCCUUCGGCUACCUCCAGCUCCGGAGCCGACGUCUCUCGAACGAGAAACCCUAAAGCGGAGAAAUUUGAGUCGGCUAUGGUCACUGAGACUGUAGAAGACUGUGGUAGUAACGAAGGGAAAUAUGGGUCUGAUUGUAAUUUUGGAGAAAAAGGUUUCGAUUUUGAAUCAAGAGACAGAUUUAUGUUAGAGAGAGAGAUGAUAUUGAGUUUGAAUGUGUUUGUUCUACAGGAGAAAGAGAGAAACGAAGUCAUUGAGAUUGAAGACUUCUUUGCUUACGCAGAGCAGCAACAACAGAGAAACUUCAUUGAAAAGUACAACUUUGACACAGUGUCGGACAAUCCAUUACCAGGGCGUUACGAAUGGGUCAAAGUGGAGCCAUGA